CAAACUACAAUCUUUAAGGCCCUUAUCCAUAAAACAAAUUUGGGUGUCUCAAAUGUGUAUUUUGGUAGUAGCCGUCCUAUAGCUAAGUAGAAUGGAAGAAUCGGAAGGCGAUAGCAAGAAGCUUCCUGAAGUUUUGGUUCUAGGUUCUCCAUGGUUAUUCCCCGCUCUCGAAUCCCAAUUCUCAAGCCGAUUCCAUUUCCUCCGACCAUCCCUUUCCGAUCUCCCCCUUCUCCAAUUCCUCUCUUCCUAUGCCCAAUCCAUCCAAGCCUUGCUCAUCCCCGGCGGCUUCCUCAUCACCUCCGCCGUUCUCCAUUGCCUCCCGGCGCUUAAGCUCGUCGUAACUACCAGCGCCGGCGUCGAUCACCUCGAUUUGCCGGAAUUGCGCCGCCGUCAGAUCGCCAUUGCCUAUGUUGCGGACUUGUACUCUGAAGAUGUCGCUGAUUUCGCCGUUGGAUUACUGAUUGACGUUCUCAUGAAGGUCUCGGCGGGAGAUCGGUUCCUUAGGCUAGGGUUUCCGUCUACCAAAGGGGAUUUUCCCUCCCUCCGAUCAAAGCUAAGUGGCAAAAGAAUUGGUAUAGUUGGAUUGGGGCAAAUAGGGUCUAAAGUUGCCAAAAGACUGGAGGGAUUUGAGUGCAAAAUCUCAUACAACUCAAGGACUAAAAAGCCAUUAGUUCCAUACUCCUACUAUUCCAAUGUAUAUGAACUUGCAAGCAACUGUGACGGCCUUGUAAUUUGUUGUGGGAUAACGAAAGAAACUCGACAUAUGAUCAACAAGGAGGUGAUGGUUGCACUGGGAAAAGAUGGAGUGAUAAUCAACAUCGGUCGAGGGGCGAUCAUCGACGAGAAGGCGAUGGUUGAAUGUUUGAUUAAGGGGGAGAUUGGGGGAGUUGGACUAGAUGUGUUUGAGAAUGAACCUGAAAUUCCUGAAGAGCUCUUUAGUCUUGAUAAUGUUGUAUUAUCACCACAUGUUGCUGUUAUGACACAUGAAACUUUAGUGGAUUUGUCUAAGUUGGUGGUGGACAACUUGGAGGCAUUCUUCUCAAACAAACCUUUGGUAUCUCUGUUUCCUAAUUAACAUACUCUUUUGAAAUGUUUCAUUUCCAACCCUUCUACUUUGACAUUGAUCUCAAAAAUACUCUUGAGAUUAAAGGAAAUGAAUUCUUAAAGUGGAAGUGAUUGAUCAUCUUUUUGCCCA